AUGCCUCUCACCCACGAGCCAUCCGAGUCACCCCUGCGACGCUACCAUCACUAUAUCUAUAUCAGUUUCUGGGCGCUGGUGUCGUCGCUGGUUCUCUAUCUGGCCGGAGGGCUGUCGUACCUGGAUGCCUUGCUUCUCGCCUCCGGCGCAGCCACCCAGACGGGGCUGAACUCUAUCGACCUCAACCGACUGCAUGUGGUCCAGCAGGUCACCCUCUGGGGGGUGUCGAUGGUUACCAAUGUGAUCUUCAUCAACUCGCUGCUCGUCGUGAUUCGGCUCUAUUGGUUCCGCAAGCGGUUCCGCGGCGUCAUCCAUGAGGCCAAGGGAUCGAGAACCGGCCUCCCCCUCCCUCCUCCUCCUCCUCCUCCUCCUCCUGUUCCUCGAACGAUCUCGGCUGAGAGACCCGCCGAGGAGCGACCACUGUUAGAGGUGGUCGAUGGCGAGGAUCGAACCUCCGACUUGAUCGGUUACUCCUCAGGCCGGAGGUAUGGCGCUGCGGCGGCGGGAUCAACUAGUCCGCACAUCACCUUCUGUGACUCGGAGGCCGAGUAUGAGAUCAAACACCACCGUCGCCGGUCGAUGUCAGGGACGCGCUCGCGUCGCUCGCUGUCGGAGUAUGACUCGCCCGUGCUCCAACGGUCGUGCCACGAUCUCGACGCCCUGCCGGCGCUGAUGUGGCAGUCGUCGAUCGCCAGCUACGCGGACUGGAACGAGGCGCAGAAGGAGGAGCUGGGCGGGAUCGAGUACCGGGCGCUGAAGACGCUGUUCGUCAUCCUCGUCUGCUACUUCGUGGUUUUCCACGUGCUGGGGAUUGUGCUGUUCCUGCUGUGGGUGCUGCCGAACCGCCAGUACAGCCAGGUGCUCGCGGACGCGGGCAUCAGCCGGCCGUGGUGGGCGAUCUUCACGGCCGGGUCGGCCUUCAACGACCUGGGGUUCACCCUGACGCCGGACUCGAUGGAUGCGUUCCAAACCGCGGCGUUCCCCCUCCUCGUGAUGACCUUCCUCGUGGUCAUCGGCAACACGGGCUUCCCGUGCAUGCUCCGCUUGAUCAUCUGGACGCUCUCGCAGUUCACCACGUACGGGUCCCCGCUGGACGACGAGCUGGAGUACCUGCUGGAGCACCCGCGUCGGUGCUUCACGCUGCUGUUCCCCAGCGCGGAGACUUGGCGACUGUCGGCCGUUCUCCUGUCACUCAACGCGAUCGACCUGCUCAUCUUCUACACCCUCCAAGAGACCCCGCAAAACCCCACCAUCACCCCCGGCCUCCGGCUAGUCAACGGCCUCUUCCAAAUCGCCUCGACCCGCACCGCCGGCUUCAGCAUCACCCCGCUGACGACCCUACACCCGGCCACGCAAGUCUCCUUUCUGGUGAUGAUGUACAUCUCCGCCUUCCCCAACGCGAUUGCCAUCCGCAAGACCAACGUCUACGAAGAACGCAGCCUCGGCAUUUUUUAUAACGACGACUCGCUAUCAUCUGCCUCGGACGCACAGCCCACCCACCCCUCGGCAGACUCGCUGGCCGCCCACAUUCAGCGCCAACUGGGCUUCGACCUCUGGUACGUGAUGCUGGGCUUCUUCCUGAUCGCCGUGGCCGAGGGUCCGCGGCUGCAGGCGCGCGAGGCAGUCGACCGGGACGCGUUCGCGCUGUUCCCGAUCCUGUUCGAGAUCGUCUCCGCCUACGGCACCGUGGGCCUGUCGCUGGGCUACCCGGGCGCGGAGACGAGUCUGUGCGGCCAGUUCUCGGGCCCCGCUAAGGCGAUCAUCAUCGCCAUGCAGGUGCGCGGGCGGCAUCGCGGUUUGCCGCAUGCGUUGGACCAUGCGAUUUUGUUGCCGUGUGAGAUUUCGGGGAAGGGGGAGGGGGAGGGGGACGGGGAGGGGGAUCUGGAGGCGUCGGAGCCGUGGUGGUGGUGGAUGCGCUGGAUGCGGAAGAAGGGGGAGGAUUGGGGCAGUUUGUUUGGUGGGGGGGAUUGA